AAAGGAGAGAACUUUUACAUUUUUAUUCUCUCAUUCACUAAAGAAUGAGUAACAAUGAAGGCAAUUUUGGUUAUGGUCGAGAACUGGCUUACCUCCUUAGAGACAAUAUCAAUAAUAAAGUACAAGAUUUUAGAUCUAGGUGCUGUGAUAAGAUUAGAGCAAAUGCAGAAAUUAUACCCACUGAGGAAUUAACUGGACAUGGAAAGCGAUCGACAACAACAGUGAUAGACACAAAAAUCUUUUCCUUUUCAUUUCCUAAGGAUUCCAACGUUACAUAUUUCUCUAAUAUAGAUAAUAUGUUGUCCAAUCUUAAACAUUGGAAAGUACAAUGUCGAAAAAGGAAUUCAGGAAUAUGUGAUACGUACUAUAUUCAUGACGUUAUCAACGAUGGUAAAAAAUUACGAUCAGUUACAGAGGUUGUGAAUCGUUUACUUCCUGAAGGCUAUGCCAAGUUGGAAUCAAGGAAAAGAAAGGGAAAGGACGAUGAGGUUGAUGGUGAAGAUAAUAAGGUUGAAAUCGAGGCAAAGGAUGAAAACAGUCCUAAAGUUAUAAGUGAUUAUUUACUUCUUCCUAAUGCCUUUGUAUCUAGGAAGAAGAGAAAAUAUAAAAAGAGGGUUAAAAAAGAAAAACACGCUCCAAAAGAGAAAAAUAUUGCACCAAGUUCUCUAGACUCUUCAAAAUUUUCUCCUAAGAUUGAAGAUCAAGUGAACAAUUCGGAAGUUGAAAAUAUUUGUGGUUCUCUAGUCAUCAAGGUUAAAGGAAUUAAUCCUCAAUUUGAAAAUAUUUGCUAUACUCCUGAAAUCGAGGUCAAGGCGAAAAAUUUAGAAUCAGAAGUCAAAUUUUGUCCUCUAAUGUCUGAGCACAAGAAAUUAUCCUCAGAUAAGGUUUACAAUGAAGAUAAUAAUUUUGAAAUCGAGGCUAAGGAUGUAGACAAUCUUAAAGUUAGGAGUGAUGACUUACUUUUUCCUAGUACCUAUGUACCUAGGAAGAACAGAAGCUAUAAAAAGAGGGUUCAAAAAGAAAAGCAAGCUGAAAAAGAGACAAAUAUUUCUCUAAGAUCUCAAAUCUCUUCAACAUUUCCUCCUAAGAUUGAAGACAAAGUGAGCAAUUCGAAAACUGAAAAUGUGUCUUGUCAUCUACUUGUUAAAUUCAAAUAUAACUAUGAAGUAUUGUCUGAAAUUACCGAAGAUUUUUCGGAGUAUGAUGAUCUCAUUGAAAGCUUUUUUUAA